CUGUUACCCUUCAUAUAUUCUAACAACUCACAUUUUAAGAUUCAUUAUGUCAUUUGUUCCAUGUUAAGGGCUCUAACCUUGGAACAAAACUAUUUGUCUCCCUCUUGCUGUUGCAUGCAGUUCCUCUCUCUCUUCCUCCAUUCCUAUAACCCCUCCCUCCUUUCUAACCCCACCCCUCUGGCAGAACCAGGAAGUCCCUCCCCUUCCCACAAACUCUUUUCUGAGGAAACGCAACUGAUCUGAGUGUCUGUGUGAGAGUGAACAACCGUCCAAAUGGCUCAACAGGGAGUUCUGCUGGACCAGGACCAGUUCUGUUGUUCUGUCUGUCUGGAUCUACUGAAGGAGCCGGUCACCAUUCCCUGUGGACACAGUUACUGUAGGAGCUGUAUUGAGGGCUGCUGGGAUCAGGAUGUUCUGAAAGGGGUCUAUAGCUGUCCUCAGUGCAGAGAGACCUUCACUCCAAGGCCUAAUCUGAGGAAAAAUAACAUGUUGGCUGAGCUGGUGGAGAAACUGAGGAAGACAGGACUCCAGGCUGCUCCCCCUCCUGCUCUGUGCUCUGCUGGACCUGGAGAUGUGGCGUGUGAUUUCUGCACUGGGACCAGAAAGCAGAAAGCCCUCAUGUCCUGUCUGGCAUGUCUGGCCUCUUACUGUGAGACUCACCUCCAACCUCACUAUGAGUCUCCUGCUUUCAAGAAGCACAAGCUGGUCAAAGCCACCGCACAACUACAGGAGAAGAUCUGCUCUCAUCAUGACAAACUGCUGGAGGUUUACUGUCGUACCGAUCAGCAGUGUAUCUGUUAUCUGUGUACAAUGGAUGAACAUAAAGGCCAUGAUACAGUGUCAGCUGCAGCAGAGAGGACUGAGAAACAGAGGCAGCUGGGGAUGAGUCAGCAGAAGGUCCAGCAGAGAUUCCAGGAGAGAGAGAAGGAGCUGAAGAAGCUCCAAAAAGCUGUGAAGUCUUUCAAGCGCUCUGCACAGUCAGCAGUGGAGGACAGUGAUCAGAUCUUUACUGAGCUGAUCCGCUCCAUUGAGAGAAGGAGCUCUGAGGUGAAGGAGCUGAUCAGAGCCCGAGAGAAGGCUCAAGUGAGUCAAGCUGAAGGACUCCUGGAGCAACUGAAGCAGGAGAUCGCUGAGCUGAGGAAGAGAAGCACUGAGCUGGAGCAGCUCUCACACACAGAGGAUCACAUCCAUUUCCUCCAGAGGUAUCAGUCUCUCUCCAGUAUCAGUGUAUCUUCAGACUUACCCAGCAUCGUUGUCCGUCCUCUUCAGUCCUUUGGAGAUGUGAGUCAGACUGUGUCUGAACUGAGAGAGAAACUAGAAGACUUCCUUAAAGGAGAAUGGACCAAGAUCUCCACUACAGUGAAUAUAGUGGAUGUUGUACUGCCUCCAGAGCCCAAGACCAGAGAACAGUUGUUACAAUAUUCCUGUCAGCUCACACUGGACCCAAACACAGCACACACACGCCUCUCUCUGUCUGAAGGGAACAGAAAGGUGACCAGUACAGACCAAGUCCAACCAUAUCCUGACCAUCCAGACAGAUUCACCUACUGGUGGCAGGUUCUGUGUAGAGAGGGUCUGUCUGGACGCUGUUACUGGGAGGUGGAGAGGACUGGUGGUGUUGCUACAGCAGUCUCAUAUAAAGACAUCAGCAGAACAGAGAGAGAUGGUAGAUUUGGAUACAAUAACAAGUCCUGGAGUUUAAAGUGCUCUAGUGAUGGUUAUUGUUUCAGACACAAUAAUGUUGAGACUAAAGUAUCAGGCCCUCAGUCCUCCAGAGUAGGAGUGUACCUGGAUCACAAGGCAGGUACUCUGUCCUUCUACAGUGUCUCUGACACAAUGACCCUCCUCCACAGAGUCCAGACCACAUUCACUCAGCCCCUCUAUCCUGGGUUUGGUCUCACUGGUUCUGCUGAGCUGGUUAAACUGUAAACUGAUUUGUUAUUAAUUAAAAUUCAAUGCAAUGUUUUAAUCUUG